GUUUGUCUUUGUUUAUAUUUUUUAUAGUGUAGUCUUGGCGAAAUUUGUGAUUAUAGAAGUAUAAAAUACAAUCAUAAUAGUAUACAAACUUACAAUUCCAAUUAAUUAUUUAUAGUCGAAUUUCGACUACUGCGGGACCUCUAGUUCAGAUAAAUGUGUAAACUGACAGUCGAAGUCAAGGUCUCCGAACUUAUUUUGUGAACUUAAAAUCGUAGUAUAGUGUUAAAAAGUGAUCCUGAAAUAACAAUAUUGAAGCGAACAGAGGAGAAGUCAAGUUGAAGGUGCGUGAAGUGGCGAUAUGAUAAAAGAGCGCGGAACAGCGCGCGCCGCCAGUACAGAAGUCACCUGCGCGCGGUGUGCAAGCGCUGCCCGUAGCUAGCUAACGCGUACGCAACCCUAGCGCCCUCACUCGCCUCGCAGUGGCAAAGAGCACCAGUAGGUACAUCCUCCGGUAGUGAAUGUGUUCUCGUUCUCGACAACUACGAUUCUGGUAAAGGAUCCAUCGCCUGUACAAAUUAAACUGCGCAGAAGGAGGACAGAACUAAGACAAUUGCCUCGAAAACAUAAAUAAUAUUAAGAAGACUACAAAAUGGCACUAAUACUGGAAUAUUUAAAUGAUAUGCACGUAUUUAUGGAUAAAUAUGGAGACCCUCGGACUAAUCCAUGGUUCCUUAUGAGCUCACCUUUACCCACAUUAAUUAUAUGUUUAAGUUAUGUCUAUCUAGUCAAGGUUUUAGGGCCACAAUUUAUGGAAAAUAGAAAACCAUAUGAAUUAAAAAAUCUUCUAAUAUUAUAUAACUUUCUCCAAGUAAUAUUCAGUGCAUGGCUUUUCUACGAGAUUGGGGCCGCGGGCUGGUUCACAGGCAGGUAUAACUUUCAAUGUCAGCCGGUCGACCACUCGAAACAUCCACAAACAAUGAGGAUGGUACAUGCGUGUUGGUGGUAUUAUUUCUCAAAGUUCACGGAGUUUUUUGAUACGAUCUUCUUUGUGCUGAGAAAGAAAUUUGAUCAUGUAUCAACAUUGCACGUGAUCCACCACGGAGUGAUGCCCAUGUCCGUUUGGUUCGGAGUGAAAUUCACGCCAGGCGGACACUCUACGUUCUUCGGACUCCUCAAUACGUUUGUACACAUCGUCAUGUAUACCUACUACAUGCUAGCAGCUAUGGGCCCUCACAUGAGGAAAUAUCUAUGGUGGAAGAAAUAUUUGACAACUCUGCAAAUGGUGCAAUUCGUCGGCAUCAUGGUACAUGCAUUCCAGUUGUUGUUCAUCGAAUGCGACUACCCUCGUGCAUUCGUUUGGUGGAUAGGAAUGCACGCGGUCAUGUUUUUCUUCCUAUUCAAGGACUUCUACGACCAAUCUUACUCUAAACCUAAGGUGCGCGCCAAGUCUCCGCAGCCGGAACUGGAGACGACCGAGAUCAAAGAGCUGACCUACCAGAACGGUUCGCUAAAGAACGGAUUCAACAAAAUUCACACGAACGGCACGAUGCCGCGCGCCCGCACCGUUCUGCCGGCCGGCAACUGACGCCGCGCCGCCGCCCUCUUAAAGCUAGGGUCUGUCGAUCGGAUCGCACAACGCUGCGGUGUGCGUUGCGCGGUGUCGGACACUUAACCGGUCUGUUUUCCGUCAGCCAUGUGAGACACAGCGUAACGCGUUCUGCAGUACUGUGCGUUCCAAUCGACGGAUAAAAGUCUUAGCAUUCCGUAGUAGACUGUGAUUCGUAACCUGGUUGUCGCGGGACGUAACGUGCGGACUCUUGGGGCCGCGGCCUCCGCUUCCGUAGCCCUAGAGGUGUAGUCUUAAAUGUGAUUUAUCUAGUGUACAUAUGGUUAAGUGGUGACGAAAAUGUAAAUUUUGUUUUGUCAAUGUUAAAGUUGGCCGGACGUGACCGGCGGUGCGACGACGGUCCGUUUGGAUUGUUGCCUAUCCGGAAGCUCCUAAGAUAAGACGAAUCGUUUGUUCGUUUUCGUGAGAGGUGCUUCUGUUUUACCAUUGUUACAAACUAAAUAUUGAUAAGCUUGUAAAUAAACGGUAAUUGGAAUAUUAGUUAGGAGAAAAUAUUUUUUUGAUGGCUAUUGUUAAGUUACUUACAGUCUACACUCUGAGAGAAUUGUAAUAUUUUAAAUAUUACAAUAAUCCAGUUACUUAUAGUGUCAAUACAAUAUGUAUAUAAUACCUAAUGAAGCAGUAUGUACCUAUACCAUUAUAUUAACUAUAAUUUUAUUUUAAGGCAACCUGCCUCUGUCAUGUUAUAUUAUAACACUAAAUUGUUAAAUGACAUUAUUUUUAUUGGUUGGAAAAUUUUCUAUUUGUAUCUCAAUUACAGUUACUGUAUUUUAUUUUAUAGAAUCCAUCCUAGUUUUAAUUUGCAAUGACUGGUUGUGUUGGUUAUUUAUUUUUUUAAAUUAACUUUUAUUUAUGAAUAUCAUGUGUAUGUUACGGUUAUAGUGAUGAAUUGAACAAUAAUUACUGAUGAUUAUGAAUAUUCAAUACCUACUAAUAAUAUACACGGUUUAAAGUGAUCAAUUUAUCUCAUUUACUUUUUUAAUAAAACUAAAAUCCUUGUUUUAUUUUCUGCUUACGUUUAAUUGAGAGCAAUCGUCUCGGAAGUUGAGAUCUGAUUGAGAGUUGUUGCCUUAUUAUUGAAGUAGUACUUAUCUACACAGAUUAUUUAAUACCCUAAAAGAAAAAAAACACGAUUCCAUAUAAUUUUUCACAGCCCCAAAUCCGUGUAGUUGCAGAAUUAAAAUAAGAUUUGUUGGGCUCCAUAACAUUUUCUUAAUAAUAUGUCAAACUUAUCAAAAAGAAAUGGUAAAAAUAUGAAAUUCAUUUUAUUUUUGUACCAUCACAGAUGUACCAAAAGUUGAUGAAAGCUCAUGCGGACUCAUGGCCGUACAAACUAAGCAGAAUUUAAAUUAUAAUUGCGAACCCGCCUAUUUAUCAAAAUCGGAAAAAUUAUUCUUUCGUGUCAUACUAAAAACUACGAUAUUAUAAACAUUAGUAAGACUUUAAAGAUUAUUAUUAUUAUUGUCGCAUCUUUCACUCUAACCGUGACAUCAUUAAGAUCAAAUCGAUGACGGGUUAUAAUGGUAGCUACUGACGAACUUCCUUAUUUUUAGUCUUCCUUUUUUUUGUACUUAGCAAAAUUUUUAAGGUGCUUUUAAAUAACUCCAAACAAAAUUUCUGCUUAUUUAUGCAGUUGGUUAUAAACUGAAACUCGCCAUUUGUAAAUAUAAAUUUUGUUUCAUAAACCAUGAAAAUCAGUUUAUGUAAUUUUUAUACAAAAAUUAUCAAUUAAAUAUAUAAUAAAAUUAA